AUGAGUUUUGAAACUACCGCGAUCACCUUCUUCAUCAUCCUUCUAAUUUGCUUCAUGUGCAUCCUCCUCUUAUUGGUGGUGUUUUUAUACAAAUGUUUUCAAGGCAAGAAAAGAGAAAGAAAAGAAAAGUCAACUUGUGUAAAUACUAAUGGAGAUGAAGAUUGUUUAACUACUAAUGUGGAGACAAACAAUCAGGGAAAUAAAAAAAAGACCCUAACUCAAGCCAUAAAUUUGAAUGCACCACCAAGGCCUAGCAUUCUUGUCCAGAGACGGAGUAAAGAAGUGUUGGCCACACCCUUAGAAGAGGACAAAAUGAAAGACACACAAGAGCCUGAGAAUACUGGAGAAAAUGAUCAGCAGGGUAAAAUUCAGAAAGUGCCCAGAAUUGUUUCUAGAAGUCCUUCAGUUGUUGAACUCCAAAAAAGACCUUUAAAAGGAGUGACAUUUUCUAAGGAGGUUAUUGUUGUGGAUCUUGGGAAUGAAUACCCUGAACCUCGAAGCUAUCCUCGAGAACAUAAAGAGAGAAAAUGA